ACGAAUUGGAAAUAUGCGAGCACAAUUUGCUCAUCCCUGUUUCACAGUUGUGCGCGAGAAGCCGAAUUGACGAGACGUGAAUUAACUUUUAGUGAACGUGAGUGUAAUUAGUGCUGGCUGAGCUGCUUUUACAAAAAUUCUUUGCUGGUAGUGGUUUAAUUUACAAAAUUUAUUAAAAUUGCAUAAGUGUACAGUUAUUCCCAAGGACACCACUCAUUUAGUUAGUGCAUGGAGCACUUAGACGGAUUGAAUUAGUUUCAUAUACAAUACGAGUACAUUUGUACACGUAUCCUCGUACAUUUAAAAACAUACAUACCUACAAAUGUGUGUGCUCCUCACGUAACUUGUACAUAUUUGCAUAGACUGAACAUUCCAGACAUUGCUCUCUUCCUCCCCCCGCCGAAGGAGAGUAAAUAAAUAAUAACCACAACUACAAAUAAGGUACAUCAACGGCACAUCCUGCUCGAAUUGCGUGCAGGACUAACGUCUAUAGGCGCACAUACCUAACCUAAACAUCAGACACAAUCAGGAUGGGGCGGCUAACACAAAUGCUGGCCGUCCUGCUGCUGGUAGCUGUUUUAGGCACCACAAAUGCAGAGAGUAAAAUAAAUUCACCGCCUCGUAUUAUCAAACAACCCCCAACAGAUGAACUGCUUUUCAAAGUCGCAGUACAAAAUAAGGAAAGUGAUAAACCAUUCAUUAUCGAGUGUGAGGCUGAAGGAAAACCGGACCCAAGUUACCGAUGGAUCAAGAACGGCAAGAAAUUCGAUUGGCAGGCUUACGACAAUCGUAUGCUGCAGCAACCCGGUCGUGGUACGCUCGUAAUCACCUCACCCAAGGACGAAGAUAUGGGUCAGUAUCAGUGUUUCGCUGAAAACGAAUUCGGUACAGCCACCUCGAAUUCCGUAUUUGUGCGCAAAGCCGAAUUGAAUGCUUUCAAGGAUGAAGUGGCGAAAACGAUUGAAACCAAUGAGGGUGAACCCUUCUCGCUUAGUUGCGAAGCACCCGAUGGUUGGCCCAAACCCAUUGUUAACUGGAUGAUACAACAUUCACUGGAAGGCACUAUUAAAUCGAUCAACAACUCACGCAUGACACUCGAUCCCGAGGGUACACUGUGGUUCUCGAAUGUGACACGUGAAGAUGCUUCUGAUGAUUUCUUCUAUGCCUGUUCGGCUACAUCGGUGUUCCGUAAUGAGUAUAAAAUCGGCAAUAAGGUCUUAUUGGAUGUGAAACAGACCGGCAUCAGCGCUGCACUGAACAAACAACAACCCAAACGGCAAUAUGUGACACGUAAGAACGAAGUUGCUUUACGUGGUAAACGUGUCGAGCUCUAUUGUAUUUUCGGUGGUACACCACUGCCACAAACGGUAUGGUCUAAAAAUGGUGCGCCCAUACAAUGGAGUGACAGAAUCACACAAGGCCAUUAUGGUAAAUCACUGGUCAUCAGGCAGACGAAUUUCGAGGAUGAAGGCUCAUACACUUGUGACGUUUCAAACGGUGUUGGUAAUGCACAAUCGUACUCGAUUAAUUUGCAAAUUUUGGCCACACCUUACUUCACCAAAGAACCCGAGGUACAAAAUGCGGCCGAAGAUGAGGAAGUCAUAUUCGAAUGCGCUGCUGCCGGUAAUCCCGAACCAACAAUUCAAUGGAUCCACAAUGGCAAACCAAUUGCACAAUCCCCACCCAAUCCACGUCGCACUGUCCAAAGUAAUCGUAUUAUUAUACACGAUCUCGUUAAGGCCGAUACUGGUAAUUAUGGUUGUAACGCAACCAAUUCGCUUGGCUAUGUCUACAAGGAUGUAUACCUGAAUGUGUUGGCACUGCCGCCAGAGAUUCAAGAAGCGCCACGCAAGGAAGCCACUGUCGAUGGUAAGAAUGUUACGUUGCGUUGCCGCGUUUUCGGUGCACCCAAACCGCAAGUGAAAUGGAUACGUAAUCAUCAAGAAUUGACUGGUGGACGUUACAACACUUUGCCAUCGGGCGAUUUGGAGAUCCAAGAAGUUGCAUUCAGCGAUGAGGGUGACUACACAUGUUAUGCGACCAAUAAAUUCGGCAGCAUAUCAGCGAAUGGCACAUUAUUGGUCAUGAAGAGAACAAGCAUUAUACAUGAGCCACAGAAUUACGAAGUAGCCGCUGGUAAAUCGGCGACAUUCCGUUGUAAUGAAGAGCAUGAUGAAAAACUAGAUCUGACAAUUGAAUGGUGGAAGGAUGGUCAAGCUAUUGAUUUCGAAUCAGAGGCACGUUUCGUGAUGACCAACGACAAUUCACUGACCAUACCAAAGACUGUUGAAUUGGAUUCUGGCGAGUACACAUGUGUGGCACGUACCGAAUUGGAUGAGGCAUCGGCUAAAGCUAAUCUCAUUGUACAGGAUGUACCCAAUGCGCCGCGUUUAGUCGGUAUCGUGUGCAUGACUAAUAGGAUACGAGUAACUUGGGAACCACAGGGUGACAACCGUUCACCAAUUCUAUACUACACCAUCGAAUUCAAUACUUCGUUCACACCCGAUUCAUGGGAUAUCUCAUACGAUAAAGUACCAUCCACUGAGACCGCUUUUGUGGUCGAUUUAACACCUUGGUCUAACUAUACUUUCCGUGUGAAAGCCUUCAAUAAAAUUGGUCCAUCACCGCCAUCGGAACACAGUGAGAUUUGUACCACACCACCAGAUGUGCCCUACAAGAAUCCCGACAAUGUGCAAGGCAUGGGUACUGAACCAAAUAAUUUGGUAAUUUCUUGGACUCCAAUGCCGGAAAUUGAUCACAAUGGACCAGACUUCCACUACCGUGUCUCUUGGAAACGUGAUAUACCAGCGGCCUCGUGGGAGAGUAAAGACAUAUACGAUUGGCAGCAGAACAAUUUGGUAAUACCGGAUCAACCAACGUACGUACCCUAUUUGAUCAAAGUGGUAGCUAUAAAUAAGCACGGUGAAGCAAAUGUAGCGCCCACAGAGGUUGUCGGCUAUUCUGGCGAAGAUCGUCCCUUGGAAGCUCCCACCAACUUCAGUAUGGUCCAGGUGACCGCUGCCACCACAGCCAUGUUGCGCUGGAAUCACGUUAGUCCCGAAUCGGUACGUGGCCGCUUCAAGGGUUACAAGAUUCAAACAUGGACCGAGAAGGAAGGCGAGGAAGCACUACGCGAAAUACAUGUUGAUGCCAUAUCCGAUCAGGCGCUCGUGACACAAUUCAAACCCGACUCGAAGAACUUUGCACGUGUGCUUGCCUACAAUGGACGCUUCAAUGGUCCAGCCAGUGUGGUCAUCGACUUCGAUACACCCGAAGGUGUACCAUCACCAGUGCAGUCAUUAGAUGCUUACCCCUUGGGUUCGUCCGCCUUCUGGUUGAUUUGGAAGAAACCAUUGCAACCAAACGGUAAACUGACUGGCUACAAAAUCUACUAUGAAGAGGUUAAGGGCAGCUAUGUAAGCGAACGACGUGAACUCGACCCACACAUUAAUGAUCCACAAAUAACGAGCGCAAAAUUAGCUGGUUUGAAGGCAAACACGAAAUAUAGAAUUUCAAUAACGGCGACCACGAAAAUGGGCGAAGGAUCAGAACACUUCAUUGAGAAACGCACUUUGCCCGAAGACUCUCAGAAGCCUGCCAUACCUGGAUUUGUCUUACAACAAUUGAAAUCCGAGAAUAAUAAUGCCAAAUAUCGCGUCAACUGGCAGCCAAGUACCGAAGGACAUGCCGGCACACAUUUCUACACACAAUACAGAAUCAAAGGCGAGCCCAACUUCAAGACGGAAAAACCAGAAUUCUCUAAAGAUUACCAAGAAAUUGGCGGUCUCAAUCCAGAUAAUGUGUAUGAGUUCCGUGUUGUAUCGGUCGAUGGUGAUAAUGAGACGCCCAGUGAAUUGCGUGAAAUCGUGAUUGACGGACCCACCAAGGUGCCCAAUCAGAAUGUGGCGAAUGCUGGCUGGUUCAUUGGCAUGAUGCUGGCGCUGGCCUUCAUCAUACUACUCUUCAUUAUUAUUUGCAUCAUACGACGCAAUCGCGGUGGCAAAUACGAUGUGCACGAUCGUGAAUUGGCGAACGGACGUCGCGACUAUCCGGAUGAAGGCGGGUUCCAUGAAUACUCACAGCCUUUGGAUAAUAAGAGCGCUGGUCAGCAAUCGGUACACUCGGCGAAGCAACCCGGUGUGGAGAGCGACACCGAUUCGAUGGCCGAAUAUGGAGAUGGUGAUACAGCUCAAUUCACCGAGGAUGGCUCCUUCAUCGGUCAAUAUGUGCCGGGUAAGCUGCAGCCGCCAGUCAGUCCACAACCUAUAAAUAAUACGCCAGCAGCGCAUCAGUCGUCACCAACAGCGCCGCCAGCACCCACAGCACAGGGCGGCACUUCCUCGAACACACCUGCAGUGGCCACCUAUGUUUAGGAGCAGCAACUGCAGCAAUAACAACAACAAAACCAACAAAUUUUUAACAACCACAGCAAUCGUGAAGGCAUAAAAGCGGAAGUUACAACAAAGUGCAAGUAAAUAAGUAAGGGCGUACGAGCAGCGAAAAUUUGAAUGCGCGACGAGGCUAACGGUGUGUAUAAUUUGUAGCGAUUUCAAUUAGGUAAGCGGAGUUAUAUGUAAAGUGAAAUGACUUUGAUAAGCGUUGGCAAUUUAUCAAAUAUCCAUUUCACCAUGUGGUUUGUAGUUGGGAAUAGCGUUGCGUGGGCGUUUGUGUAUUGUCUUAAGUGAAAUUUAUACGAUUAUUUAGUGUCGGGAAAUAAUUUAGAGAGUGGAAAUUAAAAUACGAUAAACGAUGGGUGAAUAAAGAAUAUAAAAAUUUUUAAUGCUAGUAAUAUGAAGGACAGUACAUAAAAUGAAGGGAAAAAGUAGAAUUUAUAAGCAAAAAUCGAAUUUUAAUUUUGCUAUGCUUUAUAUGGAUUGUUGUAGUGCUGCAUUUAAGGUCUUUGCAUAAAUUUUGAUUUUUUUUUUUAAUUUUUCUUACAAAAAAUAGAUUUUAAAAUUUACAAUUUUACAAAAACUGCAGCACUACAAGCGUUAUAUGUAAGCUAUUAAUGCGGAGAAAGCAAAAUGCGCCUUUUUUCUAAAUAUUUUCUAAACAAAACCCAAAUUAUAAAAAAAACAAUACACCCACAACACACUAAAUCAAAUGUACUAUUUAUAUUUAUUAAAUGUAUUGGUAAUUGUAGCUUGUUUAAGCCAAUGUUUUUGCAUUAGAUUGUUGUUGCUAUUACUAUAAUAAAUAGCAGCUGUAGAAUAAACAGAAUAUUAAUAGCCUUUUCACACAGUCAAAUUAAUUGAUCAAUGAAAAUUUUAAUUGAGAAACCAGUUUUUGCACUUCAUACUGCCGGUUAGUCGAUAAACGAUCAGCUGUUAUACAUUUUUGCUUUUGCUUUCAAUAAGAAGUUGAUUGGUAUUUUCUCAAUAAACACAUUCAUUUUUUCCAGCUGCAAUAUCUACCGUCGAGUAGUAUUACGUACAAAUACGUUCUUUGUCGCAGAGUUGCAUUUAAUUUUCAAGUCGAUUGAAUUAAAAAUUAGUGUAGAAAAAUUAGAUUUUUAGUUUGUAUGGCUAAUCGAUCAAAAUCAGCGUUUAAUCGAGCAUUUUCAAGUCGAUUGAAAUUCAAUUAAAAAUUAAUGUAGAUUUUUAUUUGGUAUGGCUAAUCGAUCAAAAUCAGCGUCUUAAUCGAGCAGUGGCCGGUUAAUAGAUCAAUUAGCGCCGGUGUGAAGAGGCUAUAAUAAGUUACUUUCAGUUCAGUUCAAUUAAAUAUAGCGUUAAAUCCCUAUAUUUUAUGCCAAAAUCAUUAAAUAUUACAUUUUGAAACAAAAAAUACUUGAAAUUUGAGUUGCAUUGCAAAAAACAAAAAUUAAUUAAAAAUACUUUGGCAAGCCUUAUACGUUGAGCUUACACGGAAAAAUACAAAUAUUAAGCGGAAAUUAAUUUCCAUUUUAAUUUACGCAAAGCCUUUAGAUGUAAAUGUAAACCAGUAUGUACGUGCGUGUGAACUGUUACAUACAACUUAAACGAAUCUCAAUAUGUGUAUGGUAAAAAUAAAAUAAAAAAAAUUAAAAAUAAUUUAUAAAAUAAAAAAAAAUUAAAAAUAAUUUAUAAAUAAAAAAAGUAAAAAAUAUUACAAUAAAAAAUCGUAUGAGCAUGGAAAAUAUUUGAAUUUCCAAAUUUUUCCACAAUAUUUUUAAUUGACACUUAUAUACGUCAUUUAACUGCAGAACAGUAGAUGGAAAAAAUUAUGCUAGCUAUUGAAAUGAGCACACACAAUGCAAAAGCUUAUUGUUGUGAAUAUCAUUUGCGCUGCCAGUGUUUAUAAAAUGCAACAAAAACAUAAAAAACAAACAAAAUCAUAUACGAAAUAGUAAUUUUAUGCUAAAGUUAAACUAUAUUAUAAA